AAUAUCUAAUAAUAAUACAUUCUCAUAUCAAAGAGUACCACGACCAGUUACAGAAGCAGGUUCAAAUAUAGCAGCAUUUAAUCAAACUAGUGCUAAUUUUUCCUUCAAUAUACCAGUUACAGUUGAGUGUACUGGUGAAGCUCCUGGAAAUGCUACAGUUAUUAUACAGUGUAAUGGAACUGGAGCUGUAUACAAUGAUACUAGACUAGUGGAGGAAGCUAGACAACCAAUGAACAUAACAGGAGCAGUACCAGUACCACUAAACCAACAGUGUACUAUCACUGUUGUGGUUAGCAAUGGUGUUGGUAGUAGUGAACCAUUUAUACUAGCAUUUAUUGCAAGUAUUCUUCCUACAGCAUCAUCAACUUUAUCUCCAACUGUUUCAACAAGAACAUCAUCAGUUAUCAUCACUGUAAGUGUCUCUGCUGCUGGUGGUUUUGUGGUACUGCUUGUCAUUAUAAUUGUUUGCUUUUUAUCACUGAGAUUACAUCAUAAAAAGAAAUCAUGCAAUAAAAGAAAAGCUUCAGAGUCACAUGGAUUGCCUAAUAAGCAAGUUUUAUUUGAUGGAAAACUCAGUCCUUUGCAAUCAACAAACACCAAUGAACCUCCUGCCAAUCCUACAAAGGAAGUUCCUACAGGAGGAGGAGUUAGAUCUACUAAAGAGCCUAUAUAUUCAGAUUUAGGUGUAGUACCUUCAACUGGUACUAAAUUAUUAGCAAAAACUGAAGUAUCAACAGUUCAAUAUGUUGACAUUGAAUCAGUGAGGCCUAAAUCAAAAGCUCCUCCAGUCCUGUCUUAUGAUGAUGGGGUAGUAUCUGUUAGUGGUGCUACUGUAAUUGGAGCUACUGGAGGAGAUACUAAUCCACCACCAAUACCUGAUAAGAAAAGUAAAGGAGUUACCACUACUGGACAAGAAACCAAUGAUGGAGCUGAUGCUGCAAGGAAUUUACCUCAUCAUGUUAACGAUGAGGGAAGAAGAGAAGGAGGGAGAGAAGAAGCUGGUUCUACUGUUGCAGAUAUGCCUGUGAUUGGAAUAGUGUCUUCUUACUUGUAAUGUGUGCUAAACAAAAGCUGUAUGCUUACCUGUUAUUUAGAGUGGCCUCAUUUAGACUGGUUGUAUGUCUAUCAUUGUUAAUGUUUAGACUAUAGUAUUUAAAUAAUAAUAUUAAUUGUUUUCAUUAAACUGUCAGAUUGGUCUUGUUUUUUUAAUUGAUGUCCUAAUGCUACAGUAACAGCUAGAAACACUAGGAGUACUUUGGGUAGCACUUGGGAGUUUCACUAAUGCCUGAAGUGUAAGCCGAAAGAAACAGAUAUACUGUAUUUCAGGUGAUGGGUAUAAGUAUAUUUACAGUGAAAAUAUUAUCUAACUUAUUGUAGUUGGUGGGUCUGGCUAUGGGAGACUAUAAUUGAUGUGGUAAACCCUACAGAGGUGGAUGAGUUCAUUUAUUUUCAUUAUAAUAUUUAAAAAAUUUUUAAAUAAACAAUAAUAAUUAUUUUUUAUUCAUUUUUUUAAUUUUUAGAGUUUUUAGACCCAAAAUUGUUUUGACAAAGCGAGAAACCUUUAUUGUUCAUUCUAUCCAGCUGGAGCUGGACAAGAGAGAGGAGACUCAGGAGAGAGAGAAUGACAUUAAAAAACAAGGAGAAAAUUUGUCCCGUGAAGAACAUUUACAUGUAAAGGAAGUACAUCAGAAUAUGAGGAGUGCAUCAAAAAUGUUUAAUAAAGAAAUUAAAACAAUUGAAAGAACAGUAGGUAUAUAAUACUUAUUAAUAUACACACAUGUAUAGCAAUAAAUGACAAUUAACUAAUACUAAUAUCAUGUACUACAAUAUCAUAUGAUCGUAACUUGAAAAAUUGAAGUUGCAAUCAGCUCAAACUUUCUAC